CGACUCUAUAUGCGACUAUGAGGGGGAGGUUUACUAUCAACAACACAUUGAGGAAAGUGCCUCUGAUAUCUCUAUGCCACUCCAACAGCCUCCUGAUGCAGAGCUUCCUCAUCCAGACAUUGGUCCUUCUCAUCCACAUCGCUCUUUAGUUCCGGAUUAUUCAAUGGAAGCCUUUAAUGAUUCUCCCAUCCAUCCGAUUGGUACGAUUGUACCUGAAGGAGCCUCUGAUGCUACCCAGCCUGCCAAUCGUUCCUACCAUCAUGACCAAGGUGCACGAGAUGAUACUAUGGCUGAAACUGUUGAAUCCAACGUUCAUAUUGAAGACACCUGGAGGCCUCACAGUCCAGGAGAAGCUGAUUUUCAGUUUCUAGCACCUCAAGCUCUUGUUGUACCUGGUUCCCCUGUGCAUGAUGAUCAGGAUGCCAUUAGAGGAAUUAAACAGUGGGAAGAACGGUGUCAACAUCUUCCACCAAAUCUUUUUGGUCAAGCUAUAGCUAAUUGCCGUGAUGCUUUGGCCAGAUGGAAAAGGAGCACUAAUCUCAAUUCUCGCAAAAAUAUACAGGAGUUAAAGCAGUCUCUCCAUCGAGCUAAAGGUAUUUCUUUUUCUAUUAUCACUACUCUUUCGCACUUACUUCAGAUACCUAAAGUUGGUGGUUUUGGAAAAUAUUUAGGAGUACCUGGGUCAAUAGGCAGAAGUACAUUGAUUUGGAAUGAGAAAAAGCUUUUCAGUCUGUUUACACCCGCAGAUGUGCAACAUAUACUACAAAUCAGGUCCUCAAUCACCAAAGUAAGAGAUUCAUUCUCUUGGAUCCAUACCAGUCAUGCAUUACAAAUGAACAACCUUCAUCUUCGGUUAAUCACAAUGUUCAUUUGCCUUUGUUUAAAACUCUUUGGCGACUCAAUGUUCCUCCAAAAC